AUGACAGAAACAGUACAACCUGUGAAGAUUAAAACCGAGCGGCCCGAUGAAGCCGAGAUCAGGGAGUUGGCUGCGAAGAUGGUGGAGGCCAACAAGGCGAAAGCUUUGGCGGCGUCAGUCGCGGCAGCACGACCCCCACCGGGUGCCCGGAUGGGUGGACCGGCGCAAGCAGUAGGCGGCCAGAUGGGUAUUCUAAAUUUCCUUACGCGAAACCAGAAGCCUGGGACGCCUUCAGCGACGGAAACUCGGGCCUCAGGUGAUGACAAGAAGACUCCAGCGCCAGACGAAGCCAGUUGGAAGGGCCACUUUGGCUGGGACAUGCUAGGAAAAUGUCACAUACCCUACAUAUUUCGCGCUGGUGAAAAGUAUGUAGCAGUACGUAUGGUGGAAAUCAAACUCUUAAACAAGUACCUGAAUUAUCUUCAUGCAGAUAUCUACUCGUGCACCUGUAUCCGAAGUUACUAUAUAACAGAGAUUGAGGCGUUACUCCUCAAUGAAAUAAACAAUAGGCAUUGUGAUGGACAAUUUGGGCGGGAACCGUUCACCCAAAAGGACUUGGUGGUCAGGCUAUCAGAUGCUUAUGAGUUCUAUAACUUCUUAGAUGUGUGCUAUAAUAAGUUAUUGCGAGGUACUACUAACAAUAAGGACAAAUGUGGUUUUAUACGUAUCAAUAAGGAGUCUGUUGUACCAUACACAGUUAGGGAUAAUCAAAAGUUUGUGCCGUUGUUCUACUUUGAAGGUGAAACAGACAAUUUGAAGUUAAAAGCGGACCAGUUAAAAGGCUGGGAUUUAUCGUACCUGAAGUUCUGUUGUAAAGUGCAGGGCAUAAGAAAUGAAUUAUUUGCAAGUGAGACAUGUUCAGUGAUUAGUUUAACGGACAUUAAAAGUUAUUUUCCACCUGGGACAGACUUUGAGGAGUAUUGGCCUAACAAAGUUGUCGACUCACAGCUCUUAAUAUCUGCAAAAGGGUCAGUGUCCGGCGGUGGACAAUGGACGAGAGCGCCCCCUGCGCCUCCCCCGGGCGUUGUGGGUGCCGUCGGUGCCGGAGUAGGACCUAAUGUUGCCCCAUCACGGGGCAGACGGCCAGCCCAAAGGCAUUCCCCAGCGAAUGCUGCAAUGCAGAUGCCCCAUUCGGGUCUCGCUGCGGCCACUGUGCAGGCAUUAGCUAACGGAUGGACAAACUUACCUGGAACUUUGACGCAGGCGCAGACGCAGCAAGUGCUAAGGCUAGCUCAGGCGCGCGCGCAGCAAAGAAACGUGUCAGACCAGAUGAAUGCGCGUUACAACCCAACAUCGAUGACCGCUGCCAUCGCGGCAGUGUUCAUGGACGCUGGCUCCAGCAUGCCGCCUCGUUCGCACAACCAGAGAUCUGCAGUGCAGUUUCCAAACAGUGCAAUGACAAUGGCGAUGGGCCAGCAGCCGCCUCCACUGCUGGUGAGGAGCUCGGCCAACACCUCCAAUAUGAAUGUGCCCCCUCAAGUAAGUGGUACGAUGAAUGGCCACUCAACCUCUCACUCCGGGGACAGUCGCAAAAGGCUUACAGCUAUCCCAGACAUCAACAUCAGUGGAAACCAUACACCAUAUAAGGUUCAGAAGGCGUUAGUUGAAAACACUAUGGUACCAUGUAUCAACGCAAAGCCCUACCAGUACACGGAACUGCUCAUGACCUUGCCGGAUUUGGCCAGCCAUUUCUUUCCACGGGUUUCCCUCACCACAUGCAGGGCGAUGCUAGACGCGUUAGGUCUAUCGUUGUAUAAACCCAACUCCACCCAGCUUCAAGUUCUCCGAAAUUCGGGCAAAUGCAAGUCGGCUGCUGCGGGUGAGAACGGUAUGGCUCUAGUGCAGAUACGUGACGUCAUGCAACAUAUGCCACAAUUCAAGUACAUGCUGCGAUCCGGGUUAGCUUCGGAUGAGCCUCCCCACCAGCCUCCAAGACCUGCGCACGCGCCCCCGCCUUCACACGCAAAGCGAGCUAGGGCCAAUUAG